AUGGCGUCGUAUGCCUUUACAGCCCCGAACGCACGGAGCGAAGGUCGUGGAUAUGCUCCAAAUUCACCAAACCAGCUUCCACAGUCUCCCUCCCGGCCAUUGCUUGACCAGUCCAGUUGGGCUGGGCAGACGAGACAAGCCAAAGUAUCCUCUGAAAGUAGUGAAGAACCCAUGUCUAACCCUUUCCGACAAACAAGAGAGUCCGCCAGACAAGGAACAUCGGAUAAAUUCAACUUGGGGCCGGACCCGACUCGAUGGGGAGCCGCGCUCUCGAACGACGUGCACGAAUACGACGACUAUCUCCAUAACCCGGACAAAGAGGACUCGAGUGGAACCAUCUUCACCCUUCGAGGCCUUGCAAAUCUCGGGUGUCUGGCAAUCCUGGCGAUCGGUCUCGUGAUGUUGUUCGCUGGAUAUCCGCUCAUCACAUACAUCCUAAAGAAAGAUAUGGACAACCUGGGAGGAUUUAACCUAGGAGGCAUCAAUUCUACAGGCCAGGUUAUGCAGACCAUGUUCGGUCUGAUCGACAAAGAUACGCCUCAGGACGCCAUGACUUACACCUCUGCUGAAGACGGGACGCAAUGGCAGUUGGUCUUUUCAGACGAAUUUAACGUCGACGGUAGAACGUUUUGGCCAGGAGACGACCCGUACUGGGAGGCGGUGGACUUACACUACUGGGGCACAAAUAACCUCGAAUGGUACACACCGGAUCAACUCACAACGGUUAAUGGCAAUCUGGAAAUUACGCUCGAACGGAGAGCUAUCCGCGGUAUGCAGUACGCAGGCGGCAUGAUGAGUACAUGGAAUAAGUUCUGCUUCACAGGAGGCAUUCUUGUGAGCAGCGUUGUUCUCCCUGGUCGAUCAGACGUCUAUGGACUUUGGCCUGCUGUUUGGACGAUGGGCAAUCUCGGCCGUGCUGGCUACGGAGCUACUGCAGAUGGAAUGUGGCCAUAUACCUACGAAGCAUGCGACGUUGGUACACUUCCUAACCAGACCCUCAAUGGCCAGCCAUCAGCUGCGUUGACCACUGGUGACGAAUGGUACGAAGGAACGUUGUCCUAUCUUCCUGGCCAGCGACUUUCUGCAUGCACAUGUCCUGGCGAACCACAUCCUGGUCCACAGAACCGCGAUGGGACAUAUGUCGGGCGAUCCGCUCCUGAAAUCGACGUGCUAGAAGCGCAAGUAUCAGAGGCAGACCGUAUUGGUCACGUAUCUCAAUCUGGACAAUUUGCCCCAUACGACGCAUACUAUGCAUGGAACAAUGCGACCUAUGCAGAAAUUUACGACCCAACGGUGUCGCAUCUCAAUCUGUAUCGAGGAUCAGUCUACCAGCAAGCCGCUUCGGUCAUCUCGACAACGAAUCAAGAUUGCUACGAGUUUAACGGUGGAUGUCACUCUGUAUACGGCUUCGAGUACAAGGAGGGAUACGAGGAGGACGGCGCUUAUAUCACUUGGAUCAACGAUGGCAAGAAGGCGUGGCGAAUGGGUGCAGGAGGCGUAGGGCCAAACCCGCUCACCCAAGUGGCAGCAAGACCGAUUCCCAAGGAGCCGAUGUAUAUCAUCCUCAACUUGGGAAUGUCUGAAAACUUUGGAGAUGUCGACUAUGUGAAUCUCCAGUUCCCGACCAAGAUGCUCGUCGACUAUGUUCGUGUUUAUCAGCACCCUGAUAGGAUCAAUAUUGGCUGCGACCCACCGUCUCAUCCCACGACAAACUACAUUGAACACUACAUCGAGGCGUAUACGAAUCCUAACCUGACUACCUGGGAGGACGACUAUGGCCAACCACGCGUCAAGAAUAGACUGAUUGACGAAUGCACAUAG